GAGAACUAAAACUUCGAGAAAUUUCUGAGAUGAUAAUUAAAAUACAUUUUUAAUAUCGGCUUAUAAUGGUGAAGAGUAGAAUCUGCAAAUGAAUUUUCUUCUUUCAUAUUAUAGAAAUUAAAAAUCCUUAAAAAAACUUAUUUUCAUCUAAAAAAUUUUCAGUGAACGAUCUUAAAAACGGUUGGAGUUUACCCCAUUUGAAGAUCUUUAUCCAAGAAAAUCAAAUUGAAACCAAACCUCUAAAAAAAAUUUGUAAAUUCCUUUUGCGUUGGAUACUGAAAUCUUUUGUUCCACAUUUUCAGAAAUCGUUCCAUCGAAUAACAAUUCUUGAUGAAGUACGAGAUUUUUUUCCUAUUUCGAUCAUUAAAUUUGCGGCUUAAUUAUAAUUGACAGAAAUCCACUUAACGCACCUGUGGCUUUUACACAACGCUUUUUCAUUUCCUCGUCGCAAUUGUUCUCUUUUUGAAGAAGUUUUCGUAAGAUAAAACCGUGGGAUAAAUGCCGCCUUUAUCGAUAUACAUAAAAGAGGCAUAAAACAAUAUUGUGUUUGAAUUGGAUGACAAACAGCAGCUCCAAAGAUUUUUGAAAAUUGUAAGAAAGUUGAAUCUUGUAAACAAUUAAAAUUCUUUAAAGAAAGGUUUUUACUCUCAAUCUGUGAAAGAGGAAGAAAAUGGAGAGUACACGUGAAGGAGAAAAGAUACCUCUGACAUUAAGCGGUGAGCAUAAGAUGGGUACUUAUGAAUCCCUAGUGUCCAGAGAUAACUCAAUAAUUUACUGUUGUCAUGGAAAUGCUGCAGAAGAAUGUUGCCAAAAUGGAACCGCCGAUGCAACAGAAAACGGAAAACCAUUUAUGAAAAGGGAGAGCAUUUUGUCUGAAACACACUGUCACGAUGAUAAUGAAGUGGGUGUUGAUAAAGUAGCUCGACGCAGACUACUGUUAGCCAGUUUACUUUGUUUAUUGUUCAUGAUCGGAGAAGCAGUUGGUGGCAUUUUAGCAAACAGUUUAGCUAUUGCUACUGAUGCUGCUCAUUUACUAACAGAUUUUGCCAGUUUUAUGAUAAGUCUAAUGGCUAUUUGGGUUGCUUCAAGACCAGCUACGAAAAGAAUGAGUUUUGGCUGGUACAGAGCAGAGGUAAUUGGAGCCUUGACGUCUGUUUUACUUAUUUGGGUUGUUACUGGUGUUUUGGUAUACAUGGCUGCUCAAAGAAUAAUAAACGAAGAAUAUGAAAUAGAUGCUGAAAUCAUGCUGAUAACUGCAGCAGUUGGUGUUGGAGUAAACAUUAUAAUGGGCGUUGCACUGCAAGCAGGUGGCGUUUCUCAUGGACACAGUCAUGGGGGCGAUACACCUAAACAUGGUCACAGUCAUAAUGGAGCAGGAAAAGAUAACAUCAACGUUCGUGCUGCUUUUAUCCACGUUGUGGGUGAUUUCAUUCAAAGUCUAGGAGUUUUAAUAGCUGCAAUCGUUAUUUAUUACAGGAAAGAUUAUGUCAUUGUGGACCCUAUCUGCACGUUUUUCUUUUCUGUUCUUGUAUUGUUUACGACAUUUGCCAUCUUAAGGGAAACCCUGAAUGUUCUAAUGGAAGGUAGCCCCAGAGGAAUGAAUUUUCAAGAAGUAAUGAAACUUAUUUACACAAUACCUGGUGUGGCGAAAGUUCACAAUUUGAGAAUUUGGUCACUAAGUAUGGAUAAAACUGCUUUAUCCGCUCAUAUUGUAGUUGCAAAAGGAGAAAAUCCCAUUGCAAUUUUGAAGAAGGCAUCCAGUAUAAUUAGAAAAGAACUAGGUGUUUUUGACUUGACGCUACAAGUUGAAGAAUAUAGAGAAGAUAUGCAAGACUGCAAUAAGUGUAAAGAGCCUAAAGACUGAUGCAGAUCUACGUUCAUUCAUAUUUUAUUACACUAAAAAAACUUAUCAUAACUAUUUAUCAUUUAAGGCAGUAUAAAAAUUAAAAGAAAGCAUGGAAUUUUUCAUUUUUAAAUAUAUUUUUUCUGUGCCUUUUAGGCUGUAA